AACAUAGGGGUGCAUGUAUCUUUUUCAAUGAAAUUUUUGUCCUGAUAAAUGCCCAGGAGUGGGAUUGCCUGGACAGUAUACUUUAAAACACCAAUGGCAAUCGUCAUUGGAUGGUGGAAUUCUUAGCCUUUUAUGCUUUUCAGACUUUGACAAAUAAUUCUGGAGUGAGAAACAAAGGUAAAGGGACCCCUAGUCUCCUAGGAGCAUGUACACCACUGCACAGGGCGUCAGGUGGGUAGGUGGGGAGGAAACUGAAGCAGUGACAGUCAGGAUCGCCCAUGUAAGACACCCCCGCCCCAGCCCCCAGCAACCCAUACUUAAAGAGCUGGAGAUGGCUUCUCAGUUAGCAACCAAGAGGCUCCUCUCCCAAAAUAGCCAGGAGGAGGUGAGCAAUUUUUUUUUCCAUGCAAACAUCAUUUCCUGGGCCUGCAAGUCAAUGAGUGCAAGGGAGGGGUGACAGAAUCACCUGCUAACUUAAUCUUGCCUCUCCCAUCCUCAAGUGACCUCCUAUAACACUCCCCGGUCACCCUGUCACCUGGCUUGGAUCGCCUGGAGGAACACAGCAAGCAGCGUCUGCUGUCCUGUCCAGGGGGCAGCCUUGGGGUAUCUGUGGGAGGGAAGUGCCCCAGGCCCUUCCGUUUAUGCAACCCCCCUCUUUCAGGAAGUGUGCGUGUCUCUGAGCACAUCCUCACCGCUGCAUUUGGUGGUUCAUUCAGGUGUCAAGUGCAUGGUUGCCAGGAGAGGUGUGAGCUGGUGGUGACAGUUUCAGCCUGUCUAAAGUGUCCUUCCUCCUGUCACUCAGGGCUUGUAUCUGUCUCUGGCUUUCCAGGGCAGGUCUGUCUCCCUGAAGCCACCCUACCCUACCCUGCCCCCAACCACCUCUGCUCCAGGCAGCAGAUGCUAAUUAGCCACAACCCAUUCCUGCCUGCAGAUCUGUGCCCACCAGGGUCAAGGGCAGGGCCAGCCUGGGGAUAUGAAGGCCGGUUUUUUGAGAUCCCUUAUGUGGGAUCCUUGCCUCUGCCACACUGUUUUUUCUCUCCGGGCUCUAACUCCUCUGACCCUUUAGAGCCCGAGCCUCUAGCAGCUCCCCCUCUGUGUCUGAGUACAAAAGGAUGUGCACUUCUAUUAGCACAAGAGGGCAAAGGCUAGGAAAAGGGAAAGCUAGGAAAAGAUGGGGGGGAGGACGAAGAAUGAGAGCACAGGUUCCACUUGGGUCCAGGGCUUCUUCUCCCUGUCUCUGUCUGUCUCUCACUUAGAGUGGGUACCUUGUCCCCCCUCCACACUGCCCUCCCCCUCCCUCAUUUUUGAUGGAUCCAAGUUUCAUGCACAGCUCAGGACCUGAACAUCUGCAUUUCAACAUCCAGUCUCGGCCUCAGCUUCCGCAAGUAGCUUCCCUUCAAGAAAGGCGGCACAGAGGCCUGGGAAGGUGUGAUAUUUAGACUCUAAAGAAUAGUCGAGAGGCCUACUCUGCCCUUUUUUAUCAAUAUGAUCUUCAGUGAGCAGGUCAUUUACUGUGAGAGCCUCAAUUUCCUCAUCUAGAUAAUGGGUACAGCAAUACUAUGAUUCUGAGUCCUGGUUGCCAUGGGGAUCUGAUGAUAUAAUGGACGGUAAAGACUCCACAAACUCUGAAGUCAACAGAGGAUGGCCCCCUAUGGUCACCCAGAAGCCUCUGCUGUCCCCUGCCAGCUACUCUCCACGCUUCCUGCCUGCCUGUGGAAUUCUCCCUCCAGUGAGCCAGGGUGAAGGUGGAGCCCACGGCUGUGAUGUCACAGAGCUCAUGACAUCAGAGGUCCUGCGGAAGGGAAAGGGAGAAGAGGGUUCUGGGAAGAGGUAAGGGCAGGGACAACGGACCAGGGAGGGCAGAGGGGGAGCCUUCUGGGCACUGGGGACCAGGGAAAGCCAACAGCAGCAAAUGGGCAGGCCCAUGACUUCCCUGGGCUCCCAGCUCUGCAGGACAGUGUUCCUGGCAGCCAUUCUGUUGCUGCUGCAGUGGGUGAAGGGGGUGAAGCCUCAGAAAGGGAGCCUGGGCCCUGAUGAGAGGGGUCAGAAGGAGAAAACACCCUCGACAGACCCAGAGCAAGAGCAGUUCGAAGAGCACUUUGUGGCCUCUUCCGUGGGUGAGAUGUGGCAGAUGGUGGACAUGGCCCAGCAAGAAGACAAGAGAUCAGAGACAGCAGCCAUCCGUGACCACCUGUUUGACCUCGCCUUCUGCUUGAACCUGGCCAGCAUCAUGGUUUUUUUAUGAGGGAUGUUGAGGCAGAGGCGGUGGGCUGGUUCCUGGUGGAGGAGCUGGACAUCUACCUCCGCUUCAUGAUAGCGUACUGACCCUCUCUCUCUGUGAGGCUCCAGGGCUCUUCUCCCUGGACGCAGCUUCAGAGAGGUCUUUCCAGCCAUCCACAGCCACCACCCAACUGCCUCCCCAUGCCCCGAGUGCCAUCCCCUAGACCCCAGACCCCUGCCCUUCUCCCUUCCAGCCUCUCCUGGAUUUGUUCAGGACAACAGACUUGGG